AUGGCGAUAGACCGGCGGCGCGAGGCGGCGGGCGGCGGGCCCGGGAGGCUGCCGCCCGCGGCCGAGGAGAACGGCGCCCUGCCGCCCGGGGACGCGGCGGCCUCGGCGCCCCUCGGGGGACGCGCGGGCCCCGGAGGCGGCGGUGACAUCCAGCCGCUGCCCGCGCCGCACGCCGCCGGCGGAACGCACCCGAGCCUCCUGUUGCUGGACUACGACGGGUCGGUGCUGCCCUUCCUCGGGGGCCUGGGCGGUGGCUACCAGAAGACCCUCGUGCUGCUCACCUGGAUCCCCGCGCUGUUCAUAGGCUUCAGCCAGUUCUCGGACUCCUUCCUCCUGGACCAGCCCAACUUCUGGUGCCGCGGGGCCGGCAAGGGCGCCGAGUCGGCGGGGGUCACGGCCACGGGCCGUUGGGGCGGCGGCGACCUGGCCAACGGGACCAGCCCCCCGACCACCCCCUUCCCCACCGCCGCCUGGGGGACAGCGGGCCCCCUCGGCAAUGGCAGCGGCGCGGACGGCGGCGAGGCGCCGCCCCUCCCGUCCCCCCCGGACAAGGGAGACAACGCCUCCAACUGCGACUGCCACGCGUGGGACUACGGCAUCCGCACAGGCCUGGUGCAAAACGUGGUCAGCAAGUGGGAUCUUGUGUGUGAUAAUGCCUGGAAGGUCCAUGUCGCUAAGUUCUCCUUACUGGUUGGAUUAAUCUUUGGCUACCUGAUAACUGGAUGCAUUGCUGACUGGUUCGGCCGGCGGCCUGUGCUGCUCUUCUCCAUCAUCUUCAUCCUCAUCUUCGGACUGACCGUGGCGCUGUCCGUGAACGUGACCAUGUUCAGCACACUCAGGUUCUUCGAAGGGUUCUGCCUGGCGGGAGUGACCCUCACCCUGUACGCGCUGCGAAUAGAGCUGUGCCCCCCGGGGAAGCGAUUCAUGAUCACGAUGGUGGCGAGCUUCGUGACCACGGCGGGGCAGUUCCUCAUGCCCGGGCUGGCCGCCCUGUGCCGCGACUGGCAGGUGCUGCAGGCGCUCAUCAUCUGCCCCUUCCUGCUCAUGCUGCUCUACUGGUCGAUCUUCCCCGAGUCCCUGCGGUGGCUCAUGGCCACCCACCAGUUUGAGUCGGCAAAGAAGCUGAUCCUGCACUUCACGCAGAAGAACCGCAUGAGCCCCGAGAGUGACAUCAAAGGCGUGAUGCCUGAGCUGGAGAAGGAGCUGUCCCGGAGGCCCAGGAAGGUCUGCAUCGUGAAGGUGGUGGGGACCCGGAACCUGUGGAAGAACAUCGUGGUGCUGUGUGUAAACUCGCUGACCGGCUUCGGGAUCCACCACUGCUUCGCCCGAAGCAUGAUGGGCCACGAGGUGAAGGUGCCGCUGCUCGAAGACUUCUACGCCGACUACUACGCGGCGGCCGGCAUCGCGCUGGUGUCCUGCCUGGCCAUGUGCCUGGCAGUGCGCGUCCUGGGCCGCCGGGGCGGCCUGCUGCUCUUCAUGAUCCUCACCGCCCUGGCCUCGCUCCUGCAGCUCGGGCUGCUCAACCUGAUCGGGAAAUACAGCCAGCAUCCAGACUCAGGAAUGAGCGACAGCGUCAAGGACAAGUUCUCCAUCACCUUCUCCAUCGUGGGCAUGUUCGCCUCCCACGCGGUGGGGAGCCUCAGCGUGUUCUUCUGUGCAGAGAUCACCCCCACGGUCAUCAGGUGCGGCGGGCUGGGGCUGGUGCUGGCCAGCGCGGGCUUCGGCAUGCUGACGGCGCCCAUCAUCGAGCUGCACAACCAGAAGGGCUACUUCCUGCACCACGUCAUCUUCGCCUGCUGCACGCUCAUCUGCAUCAUCUGCCUCCUGCUGCUGCCCGAGAGCCGGGGCCAGAGCCUGCCCGAGAGCAUCCCCGACGGCGAGCACUACACGCGCCAGCCGCUCCUGCCGCCCCGGCGCGGCGAGCAGCCCCUGCUGCCCACCCACGCCGAGCUCAAGGACUACUCGGGGCUGCACGACGCGGCCGCCGCGGGCGACGGGCGGCCCGACGGGGCCACGGCCAACGGCGGGCGGCCCAUGUAG